AUGAUGCGUACGCCACAAAAGUCCAUUUCUGAAGGAGAUCUGCAGCACUUAUCUGACUCCAAUUCGACACCACCUAAUAAUGAAUGUAGGCGUUAUAAGCGUAAGCGCUCAACUGAGAAUGCUAGUGAGCUCACAGAAUUUAAAAAAGAAAUUAUGGAUACAAUUUCGUCAUGGAGGGCACAGCAAAUCUCUGAUACUAAACAAAUAUCGUCAUCCCUCCGAACAAUCGAGGACUCACUGAAAUUCAUGUCAGCGCAGUAUGAAGAUAUGUUAAAAAAAGUGCAAGAAAUGGAAUGUGAACGUCGCAAGGAUAAAGAACAUAUACUAAUUUUAGAAAAUAAAUUGGAGAAUCUACAAAAAAGCCAAAGAAAGUACUCGUUUGAACUGAAGAAUGUUCCAAAAAUUGAUAAUGAAUCCAAAAACUCUCUUAUUAACAUAGUAACGCACUUAUCUUCAACACUCAAGGUAGACCUACAGCCUAAUGACAUUAGGGACGUAUAUAGAUCCUCUUCGAAAGGAGAAAAGAAACCAAUAGUUGUCGAAAUGUCUUCAUAUGUGCAAAAAACUAAUAUCAUGACGGCCGUGAAACGAUAUAACAACCUCAAUAAGAGCAAUAAAUUGAAUACCUCUCACCUUGGAUUGAAAUGUACCAAUACUCCGAUCUUUGUAUCCGACCACCUUACUCCUAAUGGGAAUAGACUUUACUACCUAGGGAGGCAAUUGUGUGUCGCUUUGAAUUACAAGUUUUGUUGGACGCAUUUGGGUGACGUGCUCGUACGUAAGGAUGAAAACUCACCUAUUAUAAAAUUGGUGAAUGAAUCUCAAAUACAGAGUUUGUAUAAACCUACUAAAUGA